AUGAUGGUUGGUAACACCGCUCGCUCUGUCACCGUAGUUGCUGGUUCCAACCGUAUUCUCUGGCGGCACCAGAUAGAAGCGCAGAGUGUGAUUAUACAUCCAGGGUAUAUCCCAAGGAAAGUUGCAUACGACCUCCCCAUUUCACACAUUCCAAGGCUAACUUAUUCUGGUGAUAGCAUUAGUACAAGGAAAACAUUGAGCAGUGUUAACCUCUGCGUUAUAUCGAAUGCCGAAUGUAAAUCUACUUACGGCAAUGUAAUACAGGACCACCAUCUGUGCACGAGCGAUGCAGGCGGUGUUGGCAUCUGUGCUAGUGACACUGGAGGUCCUCUCGUCAUUCCUGGAUCAUGGAGAGAUACUCUUGUAAGUAUUUUUGUCUGA